AUGUCUAUAUACGCCAUUAUGGAUGAAGCUCUGUUCCGACUAUUCGACCUUUUGACCUUUCGAGACUAUGAUGCCGCGCGCAGAUCUGCUAAGGAUCUGAUUAACUUGAGUCAGGUUUGCAAAUCACUCAACCUCAUCGUGGCGCGGCUCCUAGCCAAAUACAAAGUCCAUCCGUUGGAGGCGGGACUCAUUCCCUACAUUUACACCAUUCUUCAAAAUCCGGAUCUUGCAUCGUGCGAGACAACAUUUAGGCUGCGUCUCUCGGAUUAUAAUGGUCUACUUGAAACUCACCAUCUUCACGCCUUUGACGCAAGGGCGCUGUCUCUGAGGAUUCUACCGCCGAGCUCCUAUCGUACUGACCUCGUUCCGCGACAGGGUAAUAAUGUGAUGGUAAACGCCAGGAUGCAUGACGGCCGUACGCAUCUGAUGUAUCUCUUGCUCGCGAGUCUCCCAAACCUGGAAUCCUUUUCCAUAUAUAACACUUGCGACACCCAUUUCCCACUAAACGCGCGGUUUCCAACCGUCAAACACAUCAGGGUGGUGGGAUACUCAGAUGUCUUUUCGAGCCUUGAUAUAUGUCACUUUAGGCGUCACCUCGUCUGCUUAAGCAACCUCGAAGUAUUCGAGGCCGUGAACAUGGUAAUGUGUCGCGGAUACAUCCGCCUGGACCGAGUUCACACCAUUCGCCUGUUAUCCUGCCGGAUUUCGACCAAUGGCUUAGAUACUGCGGUCAAGUUCUGCUCGCCGAACUUGAAGACCUUUGUGUACCGCUCGGGGUAUCACAACCUAUAUCUGCAGCGAAAUGUACAGUCUGAAGAGAAUAAUGGGUCGCGGAAAUGGGACGCCAGCCCGUGGGAUAUCGUAGCUACUCUAGUGUCGAGCCGUGCAAGAGGAUCGUUAGAAACGCUCGAGAUCGACAUACGCGAGCAUUUCUGUCACAGGACCUGGGGUAUACACACACAUUCACCCCUCGCAAAUCUAGAUAUGCUGUAUAACUUCAUCAACCAAUUGAAGUGUUUUCCCGCUCUUCGAAGCAUCAUUCUCACACAACAAACCCUCUGGGAGCCAUGGAUCGACGAGAUUGCAGGGUACAAUGGACAAGGCAGCCUUUGCGGCGAGAUGCGGUUAAUCGACGUUUUGCCCCCCUCGCUCGAGUCCUUCGCGCUCUACGACGUCACGGCCAAGUUCUUGCCGUGCAUCGUUAGUUUCGCGCAGUUCGUAAGCCGCGGGAUGGGUUUUCACAACUUGAAAGAGUUCACCUUACGACCGUCGCCAAAUUUCAUCAGACAUCUCAUACAUGCGAGAAGCCACCAGGAUAACCCCGAACUACGGUUCUUCGACGAACAUGGUACGUUCUGCCGUGUGAAUCCGGAGCUCUUGUCUUGCUGGGGAUGGAUCAUAGUGGUGCUUAAGGAUAGGGGAGUGCGCGUUGACUGCGUCCCUGAGGUGCACCCGCUUGACACCGAGGACCAAGAGGUCCUGCGGCGGUAG